GUUCCUUGGGGAGUAUUUUCGCUAUAACCAAGCCAAAUAGAUAGACAGAUGGACAGAUAGAUAGCUAGCUAGCUACCUCAUCCGACUCCCUACCGAGUUACUCAAGAAUAAAAGGGAGCAACUCUCCCGUUAUCAACUCUCCAUCCCACAGCACUUAUCCUAUUCCUCGUGCCCAAGCUCAGCCUGAUACCCGAAACCGUGACUCAUCUCGCCUUUAUCCAUUCAUCCAGUCUAUAUAAAUACCCUCGAAUCAACCUCCACCAUGCAAUUCCUCCUCAUCACCUUCCUAUCCAUCCUCGCAACCACCAUGGCCCAAAACCUCACGCGGUACCACACCCCGCCCCCCUCGAACGCAACCAUCAUGUACGACCGCCAAACCCUCAACGACCUGGCCCGGGCCAACUCCGACGGCCUCCUCCACGACGAAAACGGCGGAUACUACCUCAAGACGGCGGACGAAGAGAUCAUCGCCGUGGCGGCGGAUGCUUUGUGCACGGAGCUGGACGCGGCGUUGGCCAGCGCGGCUGCUACUUGGGCGGAGCGCAAUCCUAAUGGUGAUGAUGAGGAUGUUGCUGCUGCUUCUGCUGCUGCUGGUGGUGGUGUCACUAAGAGGGAUGAGGAUAUCACUUGCUCGCAUUGUGGUAGCAGUGGUACGUGCAGUCAUCCGCGCUGCUAUAAUCAUGCGCUUUGUUUGUCGUAUAAUUAUUGCCAUGUGUGUUCGACUUCUUACAAGUAUUGUAUUUAGAGUAUGAGUGAAGGGGGGGGGAGAGGUGAUGUUGGGUGUGUGGAAGGUUGGGUUGUGGGAAUGGUGCUGCC